AUGACACACAUCGCUACUUCCGUCGAACAUUUCAUGGUCGAGCAAGAAGACGUAUUCGUAAACUUGAACGACGCCAAAGAUGAAUCCUACGACGAAAACUCAAUUUUCGAUAUCGGACUCAACCCAAAAGGGGACGACGGCAGCUCAUUCCGUACGCAAAACGACCCGGCUGCACCCUACCAAAGGAGGAACGUGACCGAGCGCAAGGGUACCAUCGAUAUCCGUUGCACUUGCCUGGACGUCAUCCACGGACUACUCUCUCCGGAUAACUACGAAGACCGUGCCACACUGAUCGUGCUCAUGUUCAAUUUCGACAGCCGCAAGCGCGCGCGGCGCAUUGCGAGCGCCAACAUCUCGCUGCAGUUCUUCAGCGAGCAGCCCGGUCAAGGCGAUCCGGAGGUGUAUAGGAUCGCGCCCUUCGAGAGCAUGGCGAUAGUGCCGACGACGGCGCUGGAGGAGAAGAAGCGGUGGGCGGACUUCAAGCUCGGAGCGCCGCCGCUUGCAGGGUUUCAAGCUGGCACGGAGCUGGGCUGGGAGAGGACGGUCAUCUCGGAGAUGACGAACGCAACGAGGAUCAUUGGGACGAUUGACCUUAGGGGGCGGAAUUACGGCGAGCCGAACAGCGUGUCGUGGACGCUGCUUGAGAAUGAGGCACAACAGACUGGGGUUCCAACGGCUUUGCGCACGGCGAUUCUGCUGAAGAGAAGGAAUGAUGUAAAGUUUCAGUGCACUGUGAAGCUGGAUGUUAAAGUUGACUUCAGAAGCAAACUUGAAAGGAUGAUUGGAGGAAAGCCCAAGGACGACCCGGUUUUAUUUGAUCCUGACAUGGACCCCACAAACAGGCUUGAAGCAUACGAUAUUCUCAAUUUGGAAACAGUUGACUUGGAGAGAAUCUCGGGCAUCACUCUUGUAAAAUACUAUGACGGGGAUGUCAAGCAUAUUUGA